UUUCCUUAGUGGUUAUUGUUUACAUGGACGAUUAGUGCAUAUUAAGUGUGUGCGCAUAUCACAAGUUUUAACGAUCGAAGGGCACAAGUGUAAAUGCAACUUUAGUGUCGCUAUACGACAGGGAAAUGGAAGACCGAGAGCUCAUUUCGCAGUAUUAGAAUAGCAUGGGGACUGCAGCCACCCACCACUACAUUGGAGUGUGUGCCAAGCAGUAUACCAGUAUGUGAGACGUUAACUGAAUAUUAAGUCUUCAAUGCGAGUAUAGUGCCGUAUGGAAAUGUAGGCCUACGGUUUCUUUGAUUUUCCUCUUAAUCGAGCUGUUAACUAGGCCACCAUAUAUAUUCAGUAUACACAGCCGUAUAUAUAUAGAGGGCAACUGUACAUGUACACAAGUAUUAAUACUCCGUUGGAGUAUAUUUGCAGUGGACAAAAUUAUUCUGUUUCUACCCUUGGGGUGGGAGCGGAAACUGCUGGCCAUCUUCAUAGAAACCAGGAUAACCCGGUGACACGGUGAAACGAAACCAGAAGUGAAACCUACUGAGUGGCUCAUGUAUAUACCGGCUGUCAAGGAAGCAUUGUUUAACAAUGAGUGAUACCAGAGACAUAACAAAAAGAGGUGGACACGAAAAUAGUGGUGGUCAAAACGCUGACCACGGUCAGGGGCGUCAGGUAAACGGUGACAACGCUGUCAGCGUGUCCAUCCAGGUGUCGAGCGUGGACAUCGAUCAACAAACCCCUUACUUCGUUGACGGUCGCAUAGCCUGUACAGCAACAACCUUCUCCAUUUUCUUGGCCUACUUUUUCAAGUCUCUUGCGGGAUUCACGAUCUUGAAUAACUUUGUGACUGUGUGGACGAAAAAACUGAAUUACUCCCUCCACGAUGCGGAGGAGUACCGAAUGAUUUACACUGGUGUCAGCUCCAGUCUAGAGGUGAUAGGAGGAAUCGCAGCCGACACUUACCCUGGUCCCUUUGGCACCCUGGGGGUGACAUAUGUCUUCUUUAUUAUAGGUGCUAUUUUGAUGCAAAUAGCAACAUCGCUGCCUCUAACGCUGGUCAGUGACUUGUGGACAUUACAACAGCUAGCCUGGUCAUCCGUGGUCUUCCUCCUGCUUGGUCAGACUGGAAUGUCCGUCAUCCUGUCAGUACUGGCCGCAGAGCAAGUCACUCAGACCAGGGCAAAGAGCAAUACUUUUCAUUGGGUUUACUUCAGUACCAAUGCCGCAGGUUUACUGAACAGCGCCCUCACGAUAAUGAUUCUCUUCACGUCCACGACUGAGGCCGUGGAGGCGGACACCAUACCUGCCCCGAUCUCUAUACUUCUCUCCGGUAUGAUCGUCUGCUUGGUCAGGUCCAGAUAUAAGACGUACGUAGAAGAAGGAUUUAGCUUGAUCAAAACCAUUAAGACCAAAGCGGCACACUUGAGAGACAGAUAUGGACCCAAGCCACAGCCGAUACCGAAGACCAAAAACCCUUUCAGCCCACCAAAGAAAGUGUUGAAGACGUUUGCAAAAAUACUAUGUGUCAACACGUCGGUGUUUGGAUUUGGAAUUAUUUAUACACAGGCACUGGGGACUUUUCAGCUCCAGGCGACAGGACUGAACACGACUAUUGGACAGGUCAACAUUGACGACCCCAGCGCGUUCGUCCUUCUGUUUAAUGAGGUCAUAAUCCUACUGACCAUUCCGUUCCUCAUUAAUGUUGUGUAUCGGAAUUUUAGAAGGAAGGGCAAGAAAAUAUCUGUAUUCGUUAGAAUGGCGAUUGGAAUGGCGUGUACGGCUGGCUCUGGUUUUUCUGCCCUCCUCGUCGAGGUCGCCCGCAGAAACGACUGUACUCAACACGGCGGACAGUCCACUUUGACCGUGCUAAUACAGGCACCUCAGGUCAUCCUGCUAGGACUUGGGGAAGUUUUUACCGUUAUCUCAGCCUGGGAAUACGUGUACACAGAGGCCCCUAAGGGACUCAAGUUCACAGCCAUGGGACUGUUCUAUACCGUCUAUGGUCUUACCUUCUUUGCAUCCUAUGGUUUUCUUAAACUCAUCGAAAACACAAGGCCAGAUUGGCACCCAAGAGGCGACAUCUGUCGGCCAGGUAACGUGGGACACAUGGAGCUUCUCUACAUGGUCCUGUUGUGCCUGCUAGUCGGUUUCUUUAUAAUAUUUCUCCUGGUGGUUUUGUGCCUAAAAAGCCUGAGGGUUGACGGCAGACUUCGUAUGUUGCGCGCGCAAAAUGCUGGUGACAUAGAUCGACCUCUCUUGGCCGGAAGUGACGAAACCGAAGGACUGCGUGGGCGAAAUGACGCUCUAGGCACAAGUCGAAGCUAUGACACUUUUCCGACAUAUGAAUCUAUAAAUCAACAGCCAGACAUACCAGCUAUCCAGAAUUGAAACUUAAAGAUAUUAAUGUUGCAUCAUUACAAAAAGGUGUACUGAUCAAUAUGUGAGGUCUUGAGUAUUUAUUGUGAUAUCUAAGUAAUAUAUUUAAGAAACAUGUUAUUUUAAACUUGCAAUUUUAUUUAUUUACAGACUGGCCAAUUUUAUUUCAAACACUAUGUUAAUUGUUCUAAUGUGUGGCUCUAUUUCAUAUUUUAUAGUGGUUUUUAAACUGCUCGUUAUAGGGCCUACUUUGUUUGUUAUUUGUCAGUUUCAUCGAAUAUGAAUUAGCCGUGAAAGCAACAUUGUAUCAAAAUAGACAUACUCAGUGUCGACUCUGCCAAUUUUUGUGAUUAAACUUGUUCAGGGAUGAAGUUAAGCUCCAUACCGACUGCUAUCUCGCCCCAAAAUUAGAACGGUGUAAAAUUGACGAUUAAAGUUUUAAGUUGCCUAUGCUUAUACAUUGCCACGGGAAAUAUAA